GGAUUGUAAUGGGGCCCCUUGCCUCAGAUGGGGAACUUGGGGGCACGUGACCAGCCCAGGUCAUUAAGCCCAGCAAAACAGGGAUUAGUUUAGUCUUGACCUUCGGGCCUGUUCUCAGUCCCUGGCUAUGUCAGAACAAGCAGACAAAAAAUUGCAACAAUACCUGCUGUAUGGGAGCUCGGCGCUGGGAGGGCUCCUCCUCCUGCUUGUCCUCAUUCUGUUCACCUGCCUGUGCCGGAUCCAUCACAGAGUGAAGAGACUGGAAAGGAACAGGGCCCAGACCCCAGAGCAGGAGCUCCAUUAUGCAUCUCUACAGAAGCUGCCGGUGUCCAGCAGUGACAUCACAGACAAAGAGGAGGGCGAAGGCAUGAAGGAGGACCCCAGCACUGACUAUGCCUGCAUCGCCAAGAACAAACCCACCUGAGUACCCCAAAAUGCCUCCCCCGACCUGGGUGGAUGGUCAAAGUCACCCUGUGUUCGCUUAGUAAAGACUGGUUCCCUA